GCCAUGAAGCUCCGCGCCCGGCUGCAGAAGCAGACGGCUCCGCUCGAGGUGGGGGGGGCGGAGCCAACACUGGGGGAGCUGCGCGCGCACCUGUGCCAGGCCGUGCUGCCCGCGUGGGGGUACAGUUCUGAUACCCAGUUUGCAAUAACAUUGAACAACAAAGAUGCCCUUACUGAAGACCAGGAGACCCUGGCUUCAUAUGGAAUUGUUUCAGGGGAUUUGAUAUGUUUGUUACUGGAAGAGACCAAUGCAGCACACAGCCUAUCUCCACACUCGUCUUCACCUCCUCCCCAGCUCCAGAAUAAUCAUGAACUGUCCACCUUGAACAUCAGCCAAGGUCAGAUCAGCAGUUCAGAAGAAAGCAGGCAGAAUGGACCAUCUGAAGACCAUAAAGCUCCAAGCGAAGAUGAGAAGAAUGAUGAUAUUGAUAUGGCAGGACCCAGCCUAGAGUUUGCCUCUGGGCUAGUCCCAGAUGAUGUGGAACUGGAGGAAGGUACCGGUUCCUAUCCCUCUGAACCAAUGCUGUGCAGUGAAGCUGUGGACGGGGAAGUGCCACAUUCCCUGGAGACUCUCUACCACUCUGCUGAAUGUACCAGUGCUAUUGAUGCCUUGAUUGUUCUGGUACAUGUUCUCAUGAUGGAGACAGGAUAUGUACCUCAGGGAACUGAAGCAAAAGCAGUGUCGAUGCCUGAGAAAUGGAGAGCCGGUAGUGUCUAUAAACUACAGUACACUCACCCAUUAUGUGAAGAUGGCUCUGCUGGUUUGACUUGUGUGCCUUUGGGAGAUCUUAUUGUCAUAAAUGCAACUUUAAAAAUCAACAAAGAAAUUAAAAGUGUGAAGAGAAUACAGCUGUUGCCAUCAUCAUUCAUUUGCUUUCAGGAACCAGGAAAUGCUGCAGGGGUAUACAGAGAUCUUCAGAAACUAUCCCGCCUCUUUAAAGACCAGCUGGUGUACCCUCUUCUGGCUGCUGCCCGACAAGCUUUGAACCUGCCAGAUGUGUUUGGCUUAGUAGUCCUUCCUCUUGAGCUGAAGCUACGGAUUUUCAGACUGCUAGACAUCCGUACUCUCGUCUCUCUGUCUGCUGUUUGCCGUGACCUCUACACAGCUUCAAAUGACCAGCUUUUGUGGAGAUUUAUAUACCUGCGGGAUUUCCGAGAUCCUAUUGCCAGGCCUCGUGACACAGACUGGAAAGAACUUUACAAGAAGAAACUAAAGCAGAAAAAGGAAGCCCUGAGAUGGCGGCACAUGAUGUUUCUGCCUCCUCCACCACAUCCCAUCCCAUUCCACCCCAGCCCCUUCUAUCCUAACCCCUUCCCUCCCAACCCUUUCUCCCCUAACCCUAUCUACCCUCCAAUGAUCAUUGGUGGUGAAUAUGACCAGAGACCAACGCUUCCGUAUGUUGGAGACCCAAUUAACUCACUCAUUCCUGACACGGGGGAGGCGCCGGGCCGGUUUCCUCCAUUCAGACCACAUUUUGAUCCAAUCGGGUUGCUGCCAGCGCCAAAUCCAACACUUCCAGGACGAGCAGGUCCCAAUGACAGAUUUCCCCCUAGACCCACCCGAGGCCGCCCAAUGGACAUUCGUCGCACAUUCAUGUGACUGCCACUUCUUUUUUUUUUUGAUGGGUUUUUAAAUUUUAGUUCCUGAGCUUGCUUUCUAGCUGCAGGAGAUCUCUACGAUUAUGGUGAGAUUGUGUGUGCACAAUGGUGUCUUGACCACAACAGCUGAUUCACUUCAAGAUCUCUGUAGGAAGUUAUGCUGCACCGCCUAGAACUGCCGGCUGUUUCACAAAGAGCUCUGACUUGGGACAGUUUGUGCUGCUGUUUUCUUCUCGCUCUCUAACCAUCUGUGAAGUGCUGCUUAGAGACCAGAAGCCUGCCAGCCUAAUGUUUGCUGCAUCAGAUAAAGAACACUUGAAGCACAAAUCCUGCCUUGUUCUCCGUCUUAUUUUUUGUCUGAAUAAUGAUAUUAAAUGCUUGGGGCAUAGGAGGGUUUUCUUAACCUGCCUGACUAAUAAUCACUCUUGAUGAGAGAAGCCACCUCUUCCACAUGGUGUGAGAUGCUAGAACUGGUGUUUACGUGAUACUCAUGAGUAUUUGAAAUUCUCCCAAAAUAUUCUCCACAGAUUUUGUUGUUGUUGUUGCUUUUUAUUUUUAUUACUUAAAAAGCAGUUUUUAUGUUGGUACUCAAUGCACAAGGAAUACAGGGCAGGGUUUUCUUUACAACAGAGAGAAUGAAACACAAAACAACUUGAUUUACAAAUAGCUGAGUAAAAACAUGCUAUAGUGCAACCCAAAACAGGAGAGAAGCACAAGCAAACAUGUUAAGAAUCUGCAGCAAACCUUAUAAAUUGUGUGUCUUCUCCCACAGACUGAGUUUGCAAAUAAGUAAAUGUAGAAGGUGAACACAUUUGAGGCAGCUUGGGGGGAUGUGCAUGUAUUAAAAUCAGAGCAGGAAUAAGCCUUUUUCAGCUGGCUAAACUAACUAAUAAAAUAGGCUGACCUCUCUGGCUGCAGUGGAGACAGGAUCACAGCAGGAGAGCUAGAAUGACUUCUUACAUGGCCUGGUAUGCGAUUCUAUUACCUCAAUAUUAAAUGAAAUCUUGCAGGCAAGGAAUACAUCUCAGCAUGUGAUAUCGGCACCAGUAAAGACUUCCCAUAUUAAUUAAGGAAGUAACUUAUGGGACUAGCCAAAGCAACUCAACCAAGUUCAUGCCAUGAACGUACAGAUAAUGCAUUGAAGAAAAACUGCAGUAAUUCAUUAUAAAAUGGAUCUGUACUAAAUAUGUAUUAAUAAACAAAUACCUUUUUCCUCA